AAACUAAAACCCUAGCGUCUUCUUAUUCUUUGCUAUCGGCUUCCUCUGAGAGAACUAAACAACUCGAAGAAGAUGACGGUAGAAGGAGUGAACCCUAAGGCGUAUCCGUUAGCUGAUUCUCAGUUAGCGAUAACGAUUCUUGAUCUUGUUCAACAAGCUACGAAUUACAAACAGUUAAAGAAAGGAGCUAAUGAAGCUACCAAGACCUUGAACCGUGGGAUCUCUGAGUUCGUUGUUAUGGCUGCUGAUGCUGAGCCUCUUGAGAUUCUUCUUCAUCUUCCUCUUCUUGCUGAAGAUAAGAAUGUGCCAUAUGUGUUUGUGCCAUCGAAACAAGCCCUUGGAAGAGCAUGUGGUGUAACCAGACCUGUGAUCGCUUGUUCGGUUACAUCAAACGAGGCGAGUCAGUUGAAAUCUCAGAUUCAGCACCUUAAGGAUGCCAUUGAGAAGCUCCUGAUCUAGAUUUUUGGUGGGAAUGAAUGAAUGAAUGAUGGGUCU